UUCCGGAUGAUGGCCGUGAAGCCCGUGGCCACCAUCAGCGACUCGGUGAUAUAUACUUGCUCGGCGGCGGUGAACCGGGCCCGGUUGUCCAUCAGUUUUCUCAUCAACUUCAACGACCUGGCCAGCUUUUGCGGGCCCAAACCUCUGGGUACCACCUGCCAGUUCCGCCCGCACGUUGUCACGCGGAGAAACCUCAUCCUACCGCCGCUCACCAUCUACGAGGCGCAGGUCCGUCCGGUCCUCGGGUGCCGGCUGGAGUUCAACUCCCGGGAACAGAUCAACGGCACGGUGUCGUGCUCCUUCGAGGACCCGGACGACCCGUUGGGCGUCCUGGCGCAGCUGUACGGCUUCUUCGACAUCGACGUCCGCUCGACCAACAUGAGUGCGAACGACUUCGGGAAACUGUGCGCGGUGCAGCAGGGAUGCCGCCACGAAGCAAUCCACUGCGAGGACUACAACCACAUCACCUGUCCGGCGUGCCAGGAGGGCAUGGGCUUCGACAGCUUCUACCACCUGUGCUACGAUCCGCGGCAGAUCGACCAGUCGUGCGUCUACAAGCACCAGUGCCAGCGGGCAGACCCGCGCUCGCUGUGCAAGCAACGCCGCUGCCAGUGCCGGCCCCGGCACUCGGACAUGGGCGACGGCUGCAAGGCCAUCAUCGAGCUGGGCUACCUGUGCGGCGGGGGCACGCAGUGCAGGGACGAGAUGGCGCUGUGCGUCGAGCACGCCUGCAAAUGCCAGGCGGGCUUCCAGCCGUCGAACGGCAGGUGCGUGCCCAUGACGAGCAUCGACGUGAAGGACGUCCUGGUGAUGGCCACGUCCACCAUGAUCGUCUUCACGGCCUUGGCGUCCAUGCUGUGCGUCCUGCUCAGGGAGCACCGACCCGACGACGAAGAGGGCAACCGGUCCCGCUACUCGCUCACGUCCAUACGUUGACCGCGCCCCACCAGGACUCUCAUAUAGACCUGGUCAAUUGCUAAUCAUUUCAUUGUUCCACUAGCUCAGAUGAUGAUACAGGGUGUC